AUGGACGAGACAAUAAUAAAAUAUCUUCGCGAUCCAUCCAACGAAUCGAAGGUAUUAGGUAUUUUUCUUCUCACGAAGAAGUAUGAGAUCUUGUUAAAGAAAAAUCCCACGACCACACUUUUGAGUUAUUCGACUGAGUUCUUCAGUUAUUUCAGUUCCAUUCACCCGACAUUUUUUGUGAAUUAUUUCAUGUACUUGGAUACCGAAUCGCCCUCAGCAGAAGCCGCAGAGACGUUAUUAACUAUUUUUAAACUAUUCUUGAACUCAGACGAGGUGAGAAACUCGGAGAGUGUAUUCCCUAUUUUACUUGGUCUUUUCGACCGCUUUUUCUCGGCUCCACAACUCACGAAAAGUCUUUCUGAAGUUAUAGAAGUCAUUGCAGUGUUGUUGCAGACAAAAGUCGCCAGAGCGUCGGCCAAAAUCUUUCAGAUCCUUCCGGCGUAUUUCAUGCAAAUAAAAAGUGAGGAAUCUGCAAAAUCUUACUCAAACGUGGUCACACAGCCAGAGUAUUCAAGGAAGAUAUCCUGGCUCAUCGAAAAAUUUCCGGUGGAUCUCCGUCCUCGCGUGAUGUCUGGCAUUGAUGUUGGUGGGCUCACACCAGACGCUAAAACCCAACUCAGAAGGUUGACCGCUAAAAUGCUUUCUGGGAAGUUAAAUGAGAACUACCAAAUCAUGUUGACCUUCCUCUUCGCUAAACUUGUCGACACCUCUGUUGACUUUUUGUCCUUAGAACCUCUUGAGUUGAUCGAUUUUGUCAUCAGAAGACUUUGCGUGGAAGUACGUGCAAAUUUGGAAUUAACUGCAAAGAAAGAACAAAGCUGUGUUAUUGCACAGGCACUUAUUGUGUAUGUGAACCACUUAAUUCGAUUUAAUGAAGAUGACGAAGAGGAGAAUGAGAAGAUGAAACGAUGUGGAAUCGACAUAGAGGCGUUAGGUAAAAUCAAUCAAAAAGUUAUUCCCGUGUUGAAUGACUUACAUGCCGAUGGAAUAACUUGGAUUAUGGAAUUUAAUGAUAACAAUCUAAUUGAAAAGGUUCUUGACGAUCAAGUGUUAAGAACUUUUGUGGCUACAAUGUUCCAAUUGAUUUUAUCACUUUCGGUGUUAAUACUUGACUUGAAAGAAAAAAAUAGUUUCAAUCUAAUUCUUCCAAUUUUGAAACUUUUUAAAUCACAAGGAGAGUGUAUUUGUUCUGACUUCGAAGAUUUGUGGAAAAUGUGGUCUUCAUUCGAGCAAACUAAUUAA